GCCUCCCCCAGCACUGCAAUCUUUGUCCUGCUCCUGCUCUGGGCUAUAUUUAGCCCUGCCCCGUGCUAUUUCGCUUGCCUGGCAGGAGUUUAUAACUGGUCGGGACAGCCACACCUCCUUUCUGCUUUCCUCCCUUGCUUUCCUUCCCUCUCUUUUCCCCUUUUCCUCUCCUUGCUCCGCUCCGUGCCGCUGCUCCAUGCCCGCUGCGCCCACCUCGCACCCACACCGCGGCCACCAGCUGCGAUUUGCUCCUGCAACCACCAAAGCCUGGAACUUUGCAAGCUGCCAGCAUGGGGCCUGCUGAGGAGCUGGUCCGGAUUGCCAAGAAAUUGGAUAAGAUGGUGGCCAGGAAGAGCACGGAAGGGGCUCUGGACCUGCUCAAGUCUCUCACUGGUUACACCAUGACCAUCCAGCUGCUGCAGACCACGCGCAUCGGGGUGGCCGUCAACUCGGUGCGGAAGCACUGCUCGGAUGAAGAGGUGGUGGCCUCGGCCAAGAUUCUCAUCAAGAACUGGAAGAGACUGCUGGAGUCCUCUGCCCCCCCAAAGAAGGAGAAGGACACAGACGGGGAGAAGGAGAAGAAGGAGAAAGAGAAGAGGUUGGAUGUCCCCAGUCCCAAUGAAGGGGCGAACCCCCACCCAGCAAAGCACCCCAAGAACCCGACCGAGAAGCACAGAGAGAAGCACAAGGAGAGGAAGCCCAGCAAGUCCAGCUCCCACGCAGCCCCCACAAAGGGCCAACCCACUGACCCCAACCCAGAGAGGGAGCCCAGCGCCGGGCGGAGCCCCACUGCAGCCUCGAAGAAAUCACCUCUGGAUGGCAAGAAGGAGAGGAGGGACUCUGCCGACUCACGGUCCUCAGCCACAUCUUCCUCUUCCUCCCCGCAGAAGAGACCCUCAGGAGAGAGGAGACCCUCAGUGGGUGCCAACCCCUCACCAGCUCCCAACAGCUCCCGGCGCAGCUCCAGCGACAGCAACGGAGAGAGAGCCAACAGCAGCAAGGGCAAAGCGGAGACACCACGGACCCCCAGCAGCCCCUCCUUCUCACCCAGCAUCUGCCUCCUGCCCCCCUGUUACCUGACUGGGGACUCCGUGCGGGACAAAUGCGUCGAGAUGCUGACGGCCGCACUGCGCAUGGAUGAUGACUACAAGGAGUUCGGUGUCAACUGUGAGAAGAUGGCAUCUGAGAUAGAAGACCAUAUCUUCCAGGAGUUGAAGAGCACGGACAUGAAGUAUCGCAACCGUGUGCGGAGCAGGAUCAGCAACCUGAAGGACCCCAAGAACCCCAACCUGCGGAGGAACGUGCUGUGCGGGGCCAUCGCGCCCGCCCUCAUUGCCCGUAUGACCGCCGAGGAGAUGGCCAGCGAUGAGCUGAAGGAGCUGCGCAAUGCCAUGACCCAGGAGGCCAUCCGUGAGCACCAGAUGGCCAAAACGGGCGGCACCGUCACCGACCUCUUCCAGUGCGGCAAGUGCAAGAAGAAGAACUGCACCUACAACCAGGUGCAGACACGCAGUGCUGAUGAGCCCAUGACGACGUUCGUGCUGUGCAAUGAAUGUGGGAACCGCUGGAAGUUCUGCUGAUGACGCCCAGUGGGGCUGGAGGGGAUGCGACAUGGAUGGGACACGGUGACAGAACAUUGGGGUGGAAAUGAGAAGCAAUGGGGUGGCCUCAGCCCCCCCCCCC